AUGUCUUUGGAGGGAAAAACUGCUCUUAUUACUGGUGGUACCAAAAACCUUGGCAAACUGACUGCCAUAGAGCUUGCUUCUAAACAUAAGGCAAACUUGUUCUUGCACUACAAUUCGGUGCAAGGAGAUGAGAAAAGUCUCGCUCAAGAACUUUCGAGCAAAUAUGGCGUGAAGGUCGAGCUAUACCAGGGCAACUUGGGGUCCGCAGAAAACGUUGCAAAGCUUUUCGAAGCAGCGAAAGCCAAAUUCGGUUCAAUCGACGUUGCCGUCAAUAAUGUGGGCAAAGUCCUCAAAAAACCCAUCGCGGAAGUAACUGAGAAGGAAUUCGACGAAAUGGACCUCGUCAACAACAAGAUUGCCUUUUUCUUCAUUGCCCAGGCCGCCAAGCACGUCAGCCCCGGCGGUAGCAUAAUUUCGCUGGUCACCUCCUUGUUGGCCGCUUAUACGCCAUUCUACGCGGUGUACCAGGGAACUAAAAGCGCCGUCGAAUAUUACAGCAAGAGUGCAUCCAAGGAGCUCAUUGAUAAGCGGAUCUCAGUCAACUGUAUUGCUCCAGGUCCUAUGGACACUCCAUUUUUCUAUGCUCAGGAACAGCCUGAGGCAGUCGAAUUCUACAAAUCCGCCGCUUUUGACCAUAGAUUAACCAAGAUUGAAGACAUUGCACCAAUCGUUUCGUUUUUGGUCUCUAGUGGUACUUGGAUUACCGGACAGACUUUGUACGCUUCCGGUGGUAUGACUGCUCAUUGA